AUGGAACACAGAGAAACCGCCGCCGCAGCAGCAGCAAUGGUGGCAACAUCAUCUCCCUCCUCACUCUCUCCUAUAUCCUCUCCAACUGGAUCCUUUUCAUCCUCUCCGCCACCAGCUAUUAUAGUUAGUCCUUGCGCUGCAUGCAAAAUUCUCCGCCGGAGAUGCAUCGAUAAAUGUGUGCUGGCACCUUAUUUUCCACCGUCGGAUCCCCUCAAAUUCACCAUUGCUCACAGGGUUUUCGGCGCCAGCAACAUAAUGAAGUUGUUGCAGGAACUUCCUGAAGCUCAAAGAGCAGAUGCUGUGAAUAGUAUGGUUUAUGAAGCCAACGCCAGGCUUAGGGAUCCGGUAUACGGCUGCGCCGGCGCAAUUUGCCAACUUCAGAAGCAAAUCAAUGAGCUUCAAGCAGAUCUAGCCAAAGCACAGGCUGAGAUUUUAAACAUGCAAUGCCAAAAUGCCAAUUUGAAAUUUAUCUACCAAGAAAUGUCACAGAAUCAAGAAAACUGCCCACAAAAACAGCCAAAUGAGAAUUCUCCAUUCUUUUUUGAUGAAAGCAUUUUGGGUGUGGCUUGGGAACCACUCUGGACAUGA